CGACAACCCCGCGGGAUCCAUUUUCCAUUCGAACCCUGUCGGGUCUGAAACCCGCGAAUAGCCGACUGACCGGAGAAAUUGCCAUCCCUACUGGCGAUCGUCUCCUCUGUUUACUACUUCGUCCUUCCCAUUUCCCCUCUCCUCCGACGCGUCAUCGUCGCCACGGAUCGACGACCCACCCGCUUUCGAACCCCACUCCAUAGUCCAUUCCUCUUCCCUUUUCCCUCCUACAGCUGGGCUUCUCGCCACCCCUCGCUUUCCCCCCCUUCCCAUCUCGAUCCGCCCCGCCAGCACCGUGAUGGAUCGCUCGCCGCCGGCGGAUCAGCAGCCGCGCCCGUCACUCUUCUCGCCGUACCAGAUGCCCCGCUUCCGCCUCGCCCACCGGGUGGUGCUGGCGCCGAUGACGAGGUGCAGGGCGCCCGGCGCGGUCCCGGGGCCCGCUCUGGCGGAAUACUACGCGCAGCGCUCCACGGAGGGCGGCCUGCUCAUCUCCGAGGGCACCAUCGUCUCGCCUGCCGGCUCGGGGUUUCCUCGUGUACCCGGGAUAUACAAUCAAGAGCAAAUUGAUGCAUGGAAGAAGGUGGUUGAUGCUGUUCAUGCCAAGGGAAGCAUCUUUUUCUGCCAGUUAUGGCAUGUAGGACGAGCUUCUCACCAAGUAUAUCAGCCAGGGGGUGCUGCUCCGAUAUCCUCAACCGAUAAGCCAAUAUCAUCAAGAUGGAGGAUACUGAUGCCCGAUGGCUCCUAUGGCAAGUAUCCAACGCCGAGCCGCCUUGCCACAGCGGAGAUACCAGAAAUAGUUGAACAAUACCGUCAGGCUGCCAUAAACGCCAUUGAAGCUGGUUUCGAUGGCAUUGAGAUCCACGGUGCUCAUGGCUACCUUAUCGACCAGUUCCUCAAGGAUGGCAUCAACGACCGGACUGACGAGUAUGGCGGCACACUCUCCAACCGUUGCCGGUUUCUACUGGAGAUCACCCGGGCCGUGGUCUCCGCCAUAGGGGCAGACCGUGUCGCGGUCCGGGUGUCACCGGCCAUCGACCACCUCGACGCCUACGACUCAAACCCCCUGCAGCUCGGCCUGGCCGUGGUGGACCGGCUCAACGCCCUCCAGCAGGAGACCGGGCGGCUCGCCUACCUCCACGUGACGCAGCCGCGGUACACGGCGUACGGGCAGACGGAGUCGGGCCAGCACGGCAGCGCCGAGGAGGAGAGCCGGCUGAUGCGCGCCCUGCGUGGCGCGUACCGGGGCACGUUAAUGUGCAGCGGCGGGUACACGCGGGAGCUCGGGGUGGAGGCCGUGGAGUCCGGCGACGCCGACCUGGUGUCGUACGGGCGGCUGUUCAUCGCGAACCCGGACCUGGUGGAGCGGUUCCGGCGGGACGCGCCGCUGAACAGGUACGUGCGGAAGACGUUCUACACGCCGGACCCCGUCGUGGGGUACACGGACUACCCAUUCCUCGGCCAGCCGAAGGCUCGUAUGUGAUUAGUAAUUAGUUCGUAACUAAGAGGUGCAUGGUUGAUUGGGGUAACGUGACUUGAGAAAAUAAGUAAACAUGUAGUGAUACCGUGAUUGCGACGUUGGUACGUAACUAUGUUGCCGAUAUCUGGUGCAACUGAUUGCAUCUUGAUAACUUAAACGAUAAAAUGGUGAUAGCAGUGGCGGAAACAGGAUGGACUGCUAAUCUCCUCCUUCUUAGCCCCACUUUUCUUCC